UUAUAAGCAUUCCAAGAGAAAGGAAUAAGGAAAUUUAACGUAUUCUCUCGUUGAUAUAUAAUUAAAUAAAGAAGCAAUGGCCUAUACAGCUCGUCCAAAUUAUAAGCGUUCUUUGGAACAUAAUUUCGAUUGUUGUAUAGCAUCGCGAGAACCUUUUCGUUAUCGUUCAAAAUCCGCAAAUCCUCCGGUUGGCCAUAAAGCGCUUUAUUCGGCACAAGUUUCAGCUGCAAAAACUCGUUAUGUUCCACCGUUUUCCAUACAAACACAACAAAAGAACACCAAAGUAGUUGAUGCCCCCAUGACCAAGGGGUCAUCAUCGGGUAGUGCCAGUGCUCGUGGAAAAACGGAUCAAAAAACUGUUCGUUUGUCGGUGACCAAAGUGAAACUGGGUCCAAGUCAUGACCUGAAUAAACCACAUCGAAGUUCAUCAUUUCGAAUGUAUUUCGAUCGUGGCGACUUACCCAUAAAAAUGGAAUAUUUAUGUGGCGGGGAUAAAAUUGGUUGGACGGUGGAUAUUGAUAAAUUGGACUACAGCCUUUAUUUGCCAUUGUUCUUCGACGGUCUCUGUGAAACUGAACAUCCCUAUAAAACCUAUGCUCGCCAAGGCGUAUCCGAUUUGUUAAUAGCUGGCGGUGAUAAAUUAGCCCCAGUUAUACCACAAUUAAUUCUACCAUUGAAAAAUGCCUUAAGUACUAAAAAUUUAGAAGUCAUGUGCACCACUUUAAAGAUCAUACAACAGUUGGUUUUGUCCUCAGAUCAAGUUGGUCCGGCUUUAGUGCCAUUUUAUAGGCAAUUAUUACCCAUGUUUAAUGCCUACAAAGUUAAAAAUUUGAAUUGUGGCGAUGAAAUUGACUAUGCCCAAAAGAACAACAUGAAUCUGGGAGAUUUGAUUGAUGAAACAUUGCAAGUUCUGGAGUUACAUGGCGGUGAAGAUGCAUUCAUUAAUAUUAAGUAUAUGGUUCCCACAUAUGAAUCGUGUUAUUUAAAUUGA